AUGCUGGAGGCUGGGUACGAGAUAACGCUGGCGGAUGUGAACGAGACGCUAGCGGCGCAGGGCAUGGAAGGAUUCGAGUUCAAGUCCGGGGACGGCGUGUUUUUCCGAACGGGCUGGGGGGCCCUGUGGGGCGUGGACAACGAGAAGUUCCUCAGCGGGGAGCCGGGCAUCUGGAUGGAGGUUGCGAGGUGGCUGACGGACGAGGUGCAAGCUGGUGUCUAUGGCUCCGACACGGGCGGAACAGAAGUAUUCCCGGUGAACAACCCCGACAGCGAGGGCUGCGUAAUCUGCGUUCACGACCACAUGCUCACUCGCCACGGCAUCGUGCAUCAGGAGGCCAUGGACCUCGAUGGCCUUUCCUCCGACGGCGUGUACACUUUCAUGUACGUCUUCACGCCAAUGCCCAUCGUGGGCGCUACCGGGUCGAUGGGAUGCCCCAUCGCGAUUGACUGA